CCUUCCGCGCGAUUAAACUGUACUUCGAACAAACUUUUUGUUAGCUUCUACGCAAGUGUCAGGAAAAGUGCUUGACUGUAUCUUAAAUUGUAUGUCCCUUAACUCGUACUGACGUUACAUGAUGAGGAGCAGGGUCAGUAAAAGGGAUGGUUCAUCCUCCGCCGCCGCUAAAGAGCUGAGGACUGCCAAGCUCCAGAGGAGGCAGGCGACACCGUCCCGAGGCUGGCUGAAAAGGGGCUUAUUGGCCUGCUUUGUUAGCUUCAUUUUGGUGCCUGUCUUGCUCAGAAUACUCCCGGAAUUAAUCCAGCAUCUUGUUUACACUCACAGACUCAGGGUGCCAUUCUUCGUUGACCUCAGCCGACCUGCUGAUUUCUCCCUUAAUCACACCAUCAACAUGUACUUGACAUCAGAGGAAGGAAUCUCUCUUGGCGUAUGGCACACUGUCCCUGAAAGUAUGAGGAAAGAGGCACAGGGGAAGGACUUGGCGUGGUACCAGAACAGUUUAAGUGAUGGCAGUCCAGUUUUCAUUUAUCUUCAUGGGAACACAGGCACAAGGGCAGCCACUCAUCGGGUGGGAGUGGCAAAAGUAUUGAGUGCACUUGGUUACCACGCACUGGUGCCCGACUACAGAGGGUUUGGAGAUUCCACUGGGGAGCCGACUGAAGCUGGUCUUACCACUGAUGCCAUCUACGUGUACAAUUGGGUCAAAGCACGCAGUAGAAAGAGCCUGGUCGUCAUCUGGGGGCACUCUCUUGGGACUGGAGUGGCCACGAACACUGCAGUAAAACUGGCUGAGCAAGGAGUGGUUUUUGAUGGUGUGAUCCUGGAGGGUGCAUUUAAUAGUGCUCGACAGGAGAUAACAGUUCAUCCUUUUACUUGGUAUUACUGGAAAUUCCCGGGCUUUGAGUACCUUUUCCCAGAGCCAUGGGCAGAGAACAAGGUAGUCUUUCCUACAGAGGAAAAUCUGAAGAAAAUGAGAAACCCAAUCCUUUUCCUUCAUUCAGAGGAUGAUCACUUGGUUCCCAUUCAGAUUGCUCAGCAGAUGUAUGAGGUAGCAGCGAGUGCCCAGAAUGGAGAGCAAGUCAAGCUGGUGUCAUUUGAUGGUUCUCUGGGGUAUCUGCACAACGGGUUAUAUAGAGACCCCCAUCUGCCUGACAUUAUAACGUCGUUUGUGCAGUCCUUGUAAUGUUGGGAAGAUGACUGAAGCAGAAAAACUGUGCCAGAUUUCACAUGCAGAGAACUUUUUUCAUUUGAUCACACACUACAUUCAUGUGGUUUGUCUUAACGGCUACAUACAUGAAAAAUGUGGGUUUUACUUUAAAUAUCUGAUUGUUAUGAUUGAAGUGUUUGUGUUGAACAUUUAUUAUUUGAGAAUGAAUGCAAAAAUGUUGGUAAACUUAGAUCAUCAUGAUUAUAAUUGUUCUUUCCACAUCUGUGGUUAAUUUAUUAAGAUUUAUCAGAACUAGAAAUAACAUUCCCAUUGGAAAUGCAAUUUCGAUGAGCUGUUGUUGCUCUAGGUGCCCUCUCCUGGGCAUUGUUGUGCGGUGAUAAUGCCCAUCUAUAAUACUGGAUAAUGAGUUUGGUAAUCCAGGGCUUAAAAUAUCUUGGUGUCAGUGACAUUUUAGAAUAAUACAAGGAGAACAGCUGAGACAUGUCUGUUCAGCAUCCUUGUAUGUGGUUUUAGAAAACCGUCAUUUCUGAUAUUCUGAGUUCUUUCGUUGAAUACAUAGUUCAUUCAGCUGGGUUCAAAGAAUGUCAGUUCAGAUGGCAUUGCAGUUUAAUUACAAUAAAUUUUGCCUUUGUCCCCAGCAGUGCAUUGCUGUUUCUGUCUUGCACUGCUUGAUGCAAAAAAAACACAUUAACGUAUUGGACUCGUUUGGAAAAACUCUGGAGGAGAUAUCCACCUCGCAGAAUUCAUGUAGGACCACUUUAACCUCUCUAUACAGCCUAUUAAUCCAAAAACAGCGUAAUAGUAAAACACUGACAGGGACAUUUUUUCUGCAUAAUGAGUACUUUUACUUUUGAGACUUACUGUACAUCUGUAGUAUACUUACAUACUUUUACUUGAGUGAGAUGUUGAAUGCAGAAGUUUUAAUUGAAGUGGAGUAUUUUCACAGGAUGAAAAGGCUAUCUUUAUUUAAUUGAAAGAUCUGAAUACCUCUGCCUUAGCUGUUUACAGGAAAAAUAAUACUGGAAUAACUUUGAACUCUUGCUUUAGAUGGAGCAUUGUCUAAGACAAGUGUGUUUUUAUUAUGCAUGGUUCUGAUAAGAGAAGCGCAACUAACUUUACAAAAGACUUACAAAGUGAAGGCAUCAUAGGUGUCUAGCCAUGAGGGGAUAUGUAUAUAUCUUAUGUUCUCAUAAUUCGUCUUUUAAUAGGAUUUAUAAAUCGACGUUUGUCCGCAUUAUUGUCAGAGAAGCGUAAAAAUAAAUACGGUCCCACUAGAUAAAAUGAAAACUUAUGGUCCUUGUGAAUGUUUAAACCUGCAUUCCAAUGCACGAAAAGUGAGACCUUGUUCAGACAACUUUAGGGCCAUCAGGAGGCCUCAUCACACAGUGCACAGACCUGUUUGUUGUGCUCGGGAAUCAUGUUUCAUGCACCAGCCCUGUCAAAGUUGAGGCGAAGCGCCAGUCUUGGCAGUCGGAUGACGUGGCUGAAGGUUGCGGACGAGGCGCCGAC